AUGGAGGCCAUGAAGAUGGAGCUGGUCAUCAAGGCCCAGUUCGAUGCCAAGAUCAUCAAAUCUACGUAUCGAAAACGACUUCGUGGAGGCGAACCAGGCGCUGGCGAGAGGAAACUGCUCCAGGAAUUCAACGAGGAACUGCGCGGACAGGUGGAGAAGGCGAACAAGCUGGAGUGGAGCUUGAGGGGUGGGCGGUCGAGGCGCACGAGGAACUGCAGCGCCAAAACGAGCAGGCCAACGACUUGCUGGGCCAGGUGGAGUACAUCGUCGAGCAGGUGUCUCCCGGCGAUCGGCAAGGUGGCUCCCCACUUCAAGGCGCAGGCCUGGCUUUCCUCCUCCAACGAGUUCAAGGAGCUCUCUCUGGAGAACUACCACAAGAAGUGGCUGCUGCUCUUCUUCUACCUCGACUUCACCUUCGUCUGCCCCACCGAAAUCGUGGAGUUCAGCAACAAGGCCAAGCACUUCAGGCAGAACAACUGCGAGGUCGUCGGCUGCUCCAUCGACUCUCACUUCGUCCACAGAAGGUGGACUCUCGAUCCCAGGUCCAACGGAGGAUUGGGGCCCAUUGACAUCCCUCUGCUGGCCGACGUGAAGAAGGAAAUUGCCGACAGGUACGGUGUCCAACGAGCUGGUCUCGCCCUGAGGGGUACUUUCCUCAUCGACGACAACCAGAUCGUCAGGCACAUCAGCGUCAACGACCUCUCAGUCGGCAGAAACGUCGACGAGUAUCUUCGUCUCCUCGAGGUAAAAAUCAACCGACAGGGCUUCCAAUACGCAGCAAAGCACGGAGAGGUGUGUCCCGCCGGCUGGCAGAAGGGAGCAGCAACCAUGAAGCCGAAGCUGGACUCCAAGGAGCUGAAGGACUAUUGGGAAAACGUGCACACCAAGAAAUGA